AACCAAAUUAAUACAGGAUAUGUAGGUCGGUAUGUGUUAUACAGAUAUCGAUAUAGAAUGUUCAGUGUGGGUGGUGUUCACGUGUUUCCGUGCACCUAAUAUCGAGUCGUUAUCGUUGUAUCAUCGUAAAGUUCGUAAAAAGCGUCAUCUGCAAAAGAGUCAGAGUUGACCGUUCCAACUACCCAUCGCAUUUCCUAAAAGGCCAACUCGCGGUUCACGCUGCCGUGGAAGGUGUAAACGGGCGCAUAUUUGCGAAGUCAAUAACCGACACUCGGUCGUUUCCUGUGUUUCUGCGCGGCUUCAUAAAAAUGUGCUGGCGAUUCUCCGAGUCGUCAUUGUCGUGAAGGGUGUCUUCGCGGUCUACCAAUAACAAUCCUCUUCGGUGAGCAUGUCCUCGUGCGAUUUCUGGACAGGAAGUGUGUCGUCGGUAUGCAUCAAAAUACUGAUGCGCGUAACGUCUUCGCGGUGAAUGCGGCUUGAACAUAUCCUUUUCCCUACUUUCGUUGCUGCUGCCAUGCACUACUUCAUCAUUCUCUUCUUCAUGUCGAGGAAUAGACCGGACUGUACUAUGCUUUUGAAUAGCUUUGCGAUAACGAGACGAAUACGCUUCACUCAAGACUGAAAUGAGAAUAGUCAUCGUCCCAACUCCGAGCAAUGCCCAGACGAUAAAUACUGAGCGACCAGCAGGUGUUUGAGGUGUUUGAUCCCCAAAGCCGAUCGUAGUGAAUGCCUCGAAACCUUUAGAUUACGACAUUAGACGCUCGAAAUAGCAUGUGUGUCAAGUUAGAAGGUGGUAAUGGAACUCACAGAACCAUAUAGCCGCACCGAACGACCAGUUUUCGGUAGCGCUGAAUACUGCUGCACCAAUGAGCCAGAAAGUCAGGAAGAGUACCCAUACGCAAGUCAGCUUAACCAUGAACUCCUUUUUUAGAUUCUCAGUGAUAGUAUUAUCAAUGCUCAGCUGAGAAGUAAAUGUCGACUGUCCUAGCCUCUUCGUUUCCAGUCGUAAGAUAUUCUGAGCCUCCUGCAUCGCGAUUUCCGUCUGAUGUCCGGAUAGCGCUUCUACGUUCAAAUGCUUCCUUCUAAUAGUAACCCUCGACCCGGCAAUAUGUCUAACACGGUAAACAUAAACAGGUAAACCUGCUUGGGUUAGCUGGCGUUUAAUUGCAAUCUUCUCGGCGUGUCGCUCUCGACGUCGUUCUCGGGUCGCCUUCCUUCGCUCAUCAAGCGCACUUAGGUGUUUCUUAUAAGUAGCCUGGAAGCUCUCUAUGACUGUGUCAUUACAGAUGCCCACUGCGAGUGCGAGGUUGAGUAUCCCAAUCGUCGCGUGAAUGGCACAAAAUAUACGAGCGCCGAUCGUCUUCGGUGCGAUGUCGCCAAAACCGAUCGUUUCGAUUACGACGACGGUGAAGUACAUUCCAUCAAUGAAGUUUAGACCCAUUAGCAGCGAAUUGCAAAGUCCACCGAUUGCAAUCCACAUGAGCAAAAGCAUGACCACGAUUACAAGCGAGCGUUGUUUACGAGUCAAUCCACUAGACGCACGCGCGAAGUUCGGGGUGCGGACGUAGUCAAUGACUAGUGUUACGUUUGUAACUAGCGAUGCAAUCGUAGAGCACAAUGUGAACCAAAAAGAUUGGCCAUAUGUGAAGCCAUCGUUGAAUCUGUGGAUAACACCAAAGAUUGUCACUGCUGAGAUAUUAAUUGCGUCUAAGGAAUGUUCAUCAAGAUGAUACUUCCUUCAGUUCAGUACAUAAAAGAGAAGGUAGGGAAAGUAGAUGCAGACCGUGAAUUGUUAAUGCAACAAUGGCGACCAGGGUAGCUGUCCGGACUUUCUUCUCUAAGAAUCUAAUGAUAAUAGCAAUGUUCGCGAUCAGACCGCAUGCCAUCGAAAUGGCAAGACCCGUAUCAAGAAGUGCGCUGUUCUUUCGCGAAUAGACGAUCUUGUUGUUCUCAGUGAUGAUGUACCAGUGACCCGUGAGGCCCGGUAUCUCGAGCAGAAUAGAAAACGGAAUGACGAUGCCCGAUAAGAUGGGUAGAAGUCGAUGAUUAUGGUAUUCGUUACUCAGGUCAUCAGCGCUGCCGUCUGUCUGCAGGAUGAAAUCCUUGAUGGCAGCGAGACGAUUCCGAAGGCGAGAAAAGAGGCUUGGACGUGGUUGCAGUGGAGUGAUAGAAGCGGGCCUUGAAGUCGCCGAUUGCUCAGACGUUUCGCGAAGUCUCCGAUCUUCGUCGGAGUCAUCGUCGUUCAGGCUACGACGCCUACCGACAUGUCGAUACCCGCGAUCUUCCUGUUGUAACGACGAUGCUCUUCGUUGAGCAGCGUGUUUUUCGGCAUUGUUCGACGAGGUUCCUACUAGACCGUGCGUGCCACUCUCGAGAUCGCGAUCUCUUGUCCGACUCCUUCGAAAAAGCGAAACUCCUAAAAUAAAGAGAGGCAGCUGCAUCGAAUAAACCUACUGAGGUGCGAGUAGAGCAAGAACCCAGGAGGCUUGAAGAUAGAGGGGUAAAAUGCCACCAUAAGAACAAAUGGUGAUGGAGGCACUCCACAUAGUGCACAGGGACAAGACGCGUCCAAACGGAAUGGACGCAUAUAUCCACCUCCACGAAAAUGAUUGAAUACAUUUUAGAUACCAGAUCCAUACCCGAAAAUCACGGCCAACCUGCCUCACUACUCACCACCACCCAUAAUGGCAUCGUCGUCGCCAGCCGAGCUCCAGCAAUAUCAGAAGGACAUCAUUGAGGGCGCCAUGUCCGUCGGUGCACUCAAAUUCGGCUCCUUCACCCUGAAGUCUGGUCGCACCUCCCCGUACUUUGUCAACGCCGGGCUGCUCAGCACAGGCCCGCUCAUCUCCGCCGUCGCAUCCGGAUAUGCGGCCCUAAUCGCACAACAAAAAAUUCCCUUCGACGUCCUCUUCGGACCCGCAUACAAGGGAAUUCCCUUCGUCGCCGCAACGUCGCUCACACUAAACCGCGAGCACGGCAUAUCGGUCGGUUACGCGUACGACCGCAAGGAGGCCAAGGAGCACGGCGAGGGUGGACGGAUGAUUGGCUCAGACGUUCGCGGCAAGCGCGUAUUGAUAUUGGACGACGUCAUGACUGCUGGAACAGCGAUCCGCCAGUCGAUCGAUCUCAUCCGUCGCGAGGGAGGCACAGUUGUUGGCGUGGUGACGCUCCUCGAUCGAGAGGAGGUUACCAUAGACGGCAGAAACACCGUUAGGGAUGUCGAAGGAAUCCUCGGUGAAGGAAGAAAAGUGUCGACUAUUCUGCGCAUGCGAGACUUAAUGACUUGGCUGGAGAAUAAUGGACAAACGGACGUUGUGCAGCGAAUGAAGGCAUAUCGAGAUGAAUAUGGCGUCAAAGACUGAACUGGGAGUUAGAAAAUAGACGUGUGUAUAGAUUAAAUUUUGUGGGAAACAUAGCUAUUUC